UUGUCUCUUCAAAAAUCAGAAUAUCUUACAUACUUGCUAUUGUCAAAGCCAUUGACAAUUGACAAAUUGACAAGAAAAUUUGAAUUCGUACUUCGUAUGUUCGUACGUAAUCGUAGUUUUUGAUUUUGAUUCUAAAGUUUUGUGUCGUGGCUGCUUAAAGUUUACGCAUUGAAUUUUUCCAAAUAGAUGUAAUUGCAAUACACUUUUGUUUAAAUUGUAACCUUAUUUUACUUAUAAUUAUUUUGUGGCUUAUUUCAUUAUCGUAUAGAUAUUUCUAUUAGUGGUUUUCUUGAAUCGUGAAUAAUUGAGUACCAGUGAGUGUGAGGUUAGCGGUCAUUAGAUGUCCAAAAAGUUUUAUGAUGUCCAAAAGAACACAGCCUAAUUGGUCACCACCCGCAAAAUCUGAAAAGCGUCCUGUUUUAAAGCUAUACAAUAGCUUGACACGCCAGAAAGAGGAGUUUGUGUGCAAUAAUGGAAACCAUGUUAACUGGUACAGUUGUGGCCCAACUGUGUACGAUGCUUCGCAUAUGGGACAUGCUAGAUCCUACAUAUCGUUUGAUAUCUUGAGGCGCGUAAUGUCUAAUUAUUUUGGUUAUGAUAUACUUUAUGUUAUGAAUAUCACUGAUAUUGAUGACAAAAUUAUAAAAAGAGCAAGACAGAACUAUUUGUAUGAAAAAUAUGUGAAAGAACCUCAAGAUUUAAAUAAUACAAUAGAUGAUGCAACAACUGUAGUGGAUUACUAUGAAGGUGUGGUCCAGAAAACUACUGAUCCAGACAAAAAGAAUACAAUGCAAAAAAUGUUAGAUAAUGUUGCAUUAGCUGUCAAAGAGCUAAAAUUAGCAGUAGAAACUAAUGAUGUUGAAAAAAUUAGGAUAGCAAAAUGUGAAUUACUGAAGUCUGCAAAGGAUCCUAUAUCAGACUGGCUGGAUAGUAAGUAUGGGUCAACAGUGACUGAUAAUGCAAUAUUUGAAUCACUGCCUAGAUAUUGGGAAAAUGAGUUUCAUAAAGAUAUGAAAGCACUUAAUGUUCUACCUCCAGAUGUAUUAACAAGAGUGAGUGAAUAUGUACCUCAAAUUGUAAAGUUUAUUGAGAAAAUAUUGGAAAACAACUUGGCCUAUGAAUCUAAUGGCUCAGUUUACUUCAAUGUCGGUGAAUUUGACACCAGAGAUAAACAUCAUUAUGCUAGAUUGGUUCCAGAAGCUUAUGGCGACACAAAGUCGUUACAAGAAGGAGAAGGUGAUCUGAGUGAUGAUACAGCUGAGAAGAGAUCGCCGAAUGAUUUUGCUCUGUGGAAACGGAGUAAGGCCGGUGAACCUUCAUGGCCAUCUCCAUGGGGUGCUGGUCGCCCAGGUUGGCAUAUUGAGUGCUCGGCUAUGGCAUCUGAUGUGUGUGGAUCUCAACUAGAUAUACAUACUGGAGGUGUAGAUCUUAAGUUUCCUCAUCAUGAUAAUGAGCUAGCUCAGAGUGAGGCUCAUUUUGAUCAGCCGGGUUGGGUGAAAUACUUCCUACACACGGGUCACCUGACGAUCGCUGGCUGCAAGAUGUCUAAGUCACUGAAGAAUUUCGUAACAAUUAACGAAGCAUUACAACGACACACUGCUCGACAACUGCGCUUCGCAUUCCUACUACAUGGCUGGAAGGAUACACUCGACUAUUCUGAUAAUACUAUGGAAAUGGCAAUACAAACUGAAAGACAGUUUAAUGAGUUCUUCCUGACUGUGAAAGAUGCAUUGCGUAGUGGAUACGCUGAAGGCAGCGGCGGCUGCUGGGGACCAGAAGAACAACAGCUAUCCACUAAAUUCACCCAGGUCCAAGAACAGGUGCAUGCUGCUCUCUGUGACAACAUAGAUACGCGUGGGGCGCUGGAGGCGCUGCGCGAGCUGGUGGGCGCGGUGCACGUGUACUUGGGCUCGUCGGGGCCGCGGCCGUCGCCGCUGCUGGCGUCGGCCGCGCGCUACGUGACCGACGUGCUGCACGUGUUCGGCGCCGUCGCCGGGCCCCGCGGCGGCAUCGGCUUCCCAGUGUCCGACGACGACAGUGUUUGCGUGGAGGAGAAGGUGAUGCCAUAUCUGGAGGCGCUGAGCUUGUUCCGCGGGCGCGUACGCGAGGAAGCGCGCGCGGCCGGUGCGGCGAGUGUGCUGCAGCUGUGCGACCGACUGCGCGACUACGACUUGCCGGAGCUCGGCGUCCGUCUCGAGGACAAACCCGAUCGUACCGUCGUUAAAUUGGUUAGUAAAGAAGAAUUAAUAAGAGAAAGAGAAGAGAAAAAGAGAGUGGAAGCAGAAAAACUAAGGAAGAAACAAGAAAUUCUGGAAGCUCAACGGGCCAAAGAGGAACAGAAGAAAAUCCCGCCUAAUGAAAUGUUUAAGCUAGAAUCGGACAAGUACUCCAAGUUUGAUAAUCAGGGGUUGCCAACACAUGAUCAUGAAGGUAAAGAACUUAGUAAGGGUUUGGUGAAGAAACUGCAGAAACUACAGCUAGCUCAAGAGAAGAAAUACAAUGAAUAUUUAACAUCCAUAAAUACUUGCUAACUAUUGUGUAAUGGGAAACGUAAACCUUUGUUUAACUAACUAAAAAAAAAGCCGUUACUUUUACGAUGAUAUUAUGUAUAUAUAUAGACACAAGAAUAGAGUGGUUAUCCAAAUUUAUUAAGAGAUAUUAAAAAUGUGAUUGGAAUUUUACAUACGAGUAUAGAUGUGUCGUACUUUAUUAUAAAUAUUAAAUAUCUACGCAAAGUUAUUUGAUUUGAUUUGAUUUCUAAGUUGCGUGAUUUUUAUUAGAAUGGUGCAUAAUUAAAUACAUAAUUAGUCUUAGUGCAUACUGGUCGAAUGUAUUA